AUGAGCACCGCUAAACAACUUGCUGUAUUAACCACUUUCUUUGACAUGGAAAGUUUUGAGUACAAGUCAUUCUUGCUUGACAUGGCAGAAAUUGUACAAGGAACAGCAGAAGGGAUUUAUUCGACUGUGAAGCACGUGUUUGCCGAACUGCACAUUCCGAUGGAAAGAAUGAUUGGCUACUCGUCCGACACGACCAAUGUUAUGUUUGGCGAAUUUAACUCCGUCUCUCAGCUUUUAAUGUCGGAGUUCCCAAACGUCUUUUCAGUUAAAUGUUCAUGCCAUCUAAUCCAUUUAGUUUCAUCUUAUGCUGCACUGAAACUGCCAAAAGGAUUAGAAGAUUUGGUUCGCGAUGUAUAUAACCACUUUCAUCGCUCAUCCAAGCGACAAGAAGUCUACCAGCAGUUCCAAAAAUUCUAUGAUGCUGAACCCCGCAAACUGCUCUCGCCGGGCAAACUCGCUGGCUUUCUUUACAAUUGUGCGUGGACCGCAUUUUAG